GUUCGCGUCCGCGCCUCAGUUUAGCUUUCUGCGGCCGCCGCCUGCUCCUCUGUCAUUUCCCUGCCUUCGGCUCUUCGGACCGACUGCCAUCAAGUGUGUGCUGAUCCCAAUCCAAAAUCCCGAGUCCCGAGUCCCGAUUCGAUUCGAUUCCCAUUCCGCCUUCGAUCCAACCGCUGAUCGCUGAUCGCUGAUCGCUGAUCGGGCUCGAUGGGCCUCGAUUGGUCCAGGCCGAGUACGAGUGUGUGCGGGUCGUUCAUAAAUUAUGUCGUACGCUUUUAUACCAAAAACGGCUGUCCAGUUCCAGUGGCCAUAAAUUUGGGAAUUUAAAGUUUUACAUGUUUAAAAGUUCAUUACUUCGUGAUUCGAGCAAACAACACAAAUAUAGCUGCAUCGAAUUUAUUCCGGAUCGUUUACGACGCCCUGCCCCUGCCCCUGCCCUGUGCUCUUCCACGGAUUAUACGAAUUUGACUUUCCCCACUGAAGCGUUCGCCAAAUUGUGUUGAUUUCAAAAAAAGCUGUUCUAAGCUGCGUGCAGAAGAAUACAAACCACGCCCGAGGCACAGUCUCCGCUGCACUCACGAACCGCAGAAACAGCACAAGUCACAGCGGUGGCGUCCGGCCAUAACCAUCUCGUUGCGCCCACAGCGACGAGUAUCUCCCCCUCCAGCGGCAAUUCCCAUCCCACAGACAUCAAUAUGUCCAUCCAAUUAGCGCCACUUCAUAUACCCGCAAUCCGGCCCGGUCCUGGCUUCGAGACGGAUGCCUCGGUGGCUGUUAAGCGGCACGCGGCCCCCUGGCCCUACAACGACGACGGCUUCAACCAGUACCACGCCUCUGCCUCGCAAUACUAUAUGGAACAGCGCGACCGCAAGCCCAUGUUCCCCUACUACCCAGAUACCCAGUUUCAGCCAUACUGGGCCAACUACCGUGAUCAGCCGACCUCCGCCGCAGCAGCGGCCUACAUGAGCGCCAGCGACGACCGCCAUGUGACGGUGAGCGCGGCGGCUGCGGCGCGACAGUCGGUGGAGGGAACCUCGCAGUCCAGCUACGAAACGCCCACCUACUCGUCCCCAGGGGGACUGCGCGGAUACCCGGGCGAGGCGUACUCGAGCACAGGAGCCUCCGGAGGCGUAUCGGUGGGAGCUGUGGGUCCUUGCACGCCGACCUUGCACGAGUGGACCGGCGCGGUGUCGGUGCGGAAAAAGCGAAAGCCCUACUCGAAAUUCCAGACGUUGGAGCUGGAGAAGGAGUUCCUGUUCAACGCGUACGUGUCUAAGCAAAAGCGCUGGGAGCUGGCCAGAAACUUGCAGUUGACCGAGCGCCAGGUCAAGAUAUGGUUCCAGAAUCGACGCAUGAAGAACAAGAAGAACUCGCAGCGCCAGGCUAAUCAGCAGAACAACAACAACAACUCCAGCAGCAAUCACAACCACUCGCAGACGGCUCAGCAGCACCACAACAACCAUCACCUGAACCUCGGUCUGAGCAUGGGCCACCACGCCACCAAGAUGCACCAGUGACCUUUGGACAACAGCAGCGCCGGCACCAUGGGCUUCCCCACCUACUAGCAGUUAGCCAACCCGAGUCCGAACCCCCACAUGAAUCCCAAUCCGAACCCGGCUCUCGAACCGAACGCCCAUCUAAUCAAGAACGAGCUGGCCUUGGACUUUCCAUGUUAGCCGACAUGUUAGACUCGGCCAACUUUGAGGAAAUUCGGUAAAAUCUACAAAACACCUGAGCUCUUUUUAGCCAGGACGGCAAGGGAAGGGAAGGGACGGGAAGCGAUCUGGGUCUGGGUGUGGAGAAGGUGUAGAGAAGCCCUGGAAUGAGCUGGCGUCGCUGUUUACCAAAGCAGGGCGGCCCCAAGGAAAUGAAAAGAUAAUACCUUAAAUGAAAUGCAUAUAAUUAAUAAGUCAGUUCUUAGAGAUCCAUUAAUGAGCAGACACAGCUGUCAAGAACGACACAACCAUUCAGAACAGAUACCCAUUUGCAGAUAGACGAUAACGGCAGCUUAGUUCAGUAGUUGAAUAUAGAUAUGAGCAGGUAGCGAGGUGCAGCAGGCGGUAUACAUAGAUGGAGAUGCAGAAAAAGAUACACUUAAAAUUUGCAAUUUGUAUGGAAAUAUAUAUAUGUAUGAACGUG